AUGUGGAGAGGAAAUCAAAUGAGGAAUGUUCUACUAAGCGAAGUCCCCAAAUGGUUUGAUACAUUUGUGAAAUGUGGAGCAAUUGUAACUGGCGAUUUUAAGAAGUGGCACCUGGGAAAAGGUGUUGUCAAAGACAUGAGGGAACUGGGCCUGAAACCAGAACUGGCCCAGAAUAGAAAAAAUGUUAAAGACGUUUAUGGCAACAUGACGAAAUUAAAUCUUUCAUUACGUAAGAAUCUGGAGAAACGAGGUUUUUGUCGCAAAUAUGAUGGAUAUGAAGAAUUUUGUUCAGACUUUGCAUUGCAACUGCGGAUAGUCAAGAAAAGUACUGAAAAUGACGUUAGGAAAGAAAUGAACAGUAUUCUAACUAAGGACAUACUGUGCAGAAAACGCUUUGGAGAGCAGGUGCAUCAUGUUCCACACGUAACAUUGCCUAGAUCUUCGGUUUAA